UCCGGUUGCUAAUUUUGCAAACAAUAUUUCUUUGUAUUGACAGUCCAGCUAUGUUUUCACAAUAUUGAGUUGACUGGAGUAUAGACAUUUUGUCAUCCCAGGACUUAAUUGAUGUACCCUUGCUAAAGUUAUGAAAGUUGGGCUAUGCAGAAAGUAGGAUAUAUAAUUAUGCAGCUUUGAAGAUCCUUGCAACAACUCUCUGGGAGACUGAACAACAGAGAAUACUGGAUAAAUGCAACAAAUUUAAGAUAAUGUGGAAACUGUUAUAGGCUAUGUACAAUGUAUACCUGAAUUGAUUCUGGUGGAAAUUUUUUAAGAAGCUUUAAAUCAGAACCAGAGACAUCCCUGUAUCUUACAGCUAACUGAUAAACAGAAGUUUGUGAGUUGCUUUUACGCAGCAUGGAAGAAAAUUUGUCUGCAGGUGAAGUACAUGUACCAGUAACACAAAAUAGUUUAGUCCUUGUAAAACAAAGUCUUGGCUCUUACAGCGAAAACAGAGAAAUUGUUUUGGAAAAAAACACAGACAAUACAACAGAGUCAAAGAAAGACAUUGUUGAUAUAUUUAAAUCUAAGAAAACACACUUGAUAAAACAGCAGAAGAAAUCAGUAAACGGUAAAACUGUAGAAAUAUUCCAGUGUGGUAUCUGCCACAAAACAUUUAAUGUAAAGAAAUAUUUAAAAUGUCAUCUAUUAACUCACACUGGAAUUAAAAAAUUUAAAUGUGAAAUUUGUAGUAAGAGGUUUCUUCGAAAAGUCCAGCUCUUAAGUCAUCAAAAUGUACAUAAAGAUGGAAAACCGUUCUUUUGUGAAGUCUGUAACCAAGGUUACAGCAGUAAAAGUUAUUUAAAAGCACACCUUAGAAUUCAUAAUGGUGAACGUCCUUAUCAGUGUGAAAUAUGUCCAAAGAGAUUCACACUACGAGAAACACUCAAAGAACAUGUCAGAAUUCAUACUGGAGAAAAACUUAGCACAUGUAGUGUGUGUAAUAAAGAAUUUAACGACCAUCGUAGACUUCGUUUACACAUGAAAAUACACAUAGGAGAUAAAAAGUACAAAUGUCCAACGUGUGGUAAAGGAUUUAUUUUCAAUUCUAGUCUCAAAACACACAUUCUUAUUCAUAAUGAGGAAAAAGCUUUUACAUGUGAAACUUGUAAGAAGUCAUUCAAAACAAAAAAUCAACUUAGGAAUCACAUGGUUACUCACAGCACUGAGAAAGCAUUUAGAUGUGAAAUAUGUGGACAGGAGUUUGCUCGAAAAUCAUAUUUAGAAAGACACAGUCGAAUACAUACUGGUGAAAAACCAUAUAGGUGUGAAGAGUGUGCAAAAGAAUUUUCCACCAAUACACAUCUUAGACGACAUGAGAGAAUCCAUUUGAAUAUCCGACCCCAUUCAUGUGAAAUAUGUGGGAAAAGUUUUGCAGAAAACUGUAAACUACAAGAACAUUUUUUGACUCAUACAAUUACAGGCAAGAAGCCUUAUGAAUGUCAGUAUUGUGGAAAAGAAUUAUUGACAAAGCAGACGCUACAAAAACAUGAAAAACUUCACACAGAAACAGACGUGAAGGAGUUUGAGUGUAAAAUUUGUCAGAAAAAAUUUAGACGUGAAGUGGACCUUGAAAUUCAUUCUAGAAUUCACACAAAUAUACGUCCAUAUAAAUGUGACUUGUGUGAUAGGACAUUCAUUCAGAAAGGUCACUUACAGAGUCAUUUGAAAACUCAUGCAAAUUUAAAGCCAUAUAAAUGUGAAAUUUGUCACCAAUGUUAUCGAACAAAUGAAAGUUUGCAGACGCAUAUAAAAAGACAUCAAGGUGUUAAACAGUUCUUUUGUAAAAUUUGCGACAAAACCUUUGUUGCAAAAUGUGAAUUAAUUCAACACUUACGAACACACACAGAUGAGAAACCUUACCAAUGUGAAAUUUGUAAGAAAUCGUUCCGUUCAAAUAAUUCUCUUAAGCAACAUACAAGGUCACACAAAGGUGAAAAAGAAGUGAAAUGUACAGUUUGUGGGAAGGAGUUUAGUCAAAAAGGGUAUCUCAAACUACAUAUGAAAUUACAUGAACAAGAUCAGCCUUUCUAUUGCGAAAUGUGCGGUAAAAGGUUUAAUUUUAAGAAUCGUCUACAAAAACACAUGGAAAUGCAUCUUGGGAUAAAGCCGUAUAAUUGUGACAAAUGUAGUGCUGGGUAUACAAGGAAGGAGUACUUGGUCACACACAUGAAAACACAUGAUGUGACUGAAGGUGAAUAUGCAGACAAAAGUACAUUCCCAUCUGAAAAUACUGCUUCUAAACAUACAAAAAUGGGUGCAUACACAUCAAAAGAUGGAAAAAUUAAGAAAAAUAAAAAAUCAAUUACAACUGAUCAUUCAAUUAAAAAUGGUGCGCGAAAUUCAUCCACUGCAGAGAAAGAAGUUACUGAUCCUUCAGUAAUCACAAAUCACAUUCAAGAGGCUAUAAAUUCUGUUAUAAACAGUUCCCUUCAAGCAUCUAAUUUGAAAAAGGGGGGUGGAAGAUCAGGAAGUAGGAAAAAAAAAAGUUUAAAAAUAAGUUUAAAGGCAAAGAGGAAAGAAAAAUCUACAAAAAUUAGACAAAGAAAGGAUAACCCUGAUUCAUGUACAUCAAGAAAUGAAAUUUCAACACUUAGUAAAGAAUUAGAGAACUUAGAAAGGGAACCAGAAAUUGCAGAUGAUGUACAACUACAAGUAAUGAAAGAGCAAGAGACAACUGAAUCAACAGCUCUUUCAACAGAAUUAACUAAAUCACAGUAUCCAGGAUCAUAUCAAACUGUAGGAGCAAGUGUUGACAGGGAAAACAGUCUACAAGAUUUUAAAAUUGAAGUAAAUGAUGAUUUUGUUAAUGGAACUGAUAAUCCUAAUGAUCAGUCUUUGCUUAGUGUUUCAGAUAAUGCCUUCGGUGGAAAUAAUGCUUGUGAAAAAAUGUUAAAAUCAUACAGUGAUAGUUCAGCAGAUAUUGUGGGAAAAGAUGUCAGUUUGCCUUGUGUUAAAACUGAACCUAUUGAAAGUCUUGAUUAUUUACAAAAUGAGACCUUUUCUGUUGAAAUCAAUCCCUUUUAUAAUAAUGAGAUUGUGUAAUCUCUCAUUCAUGUAGAAAUUUUAUUUAAUAAGCUAAGUUAAGGGAUCACACCUCCUCUACCCCUUAAUUUUUAGCCCCCUCUUAGAUUUACAGCACUUCUCUUGAUUUUUGAGGUCAUAUGCAAUAGGAAUAAGUUUUGAAAUAUUUCUUAAUCAUGUUAAUCAGUGUAAUUUUCUUGAUUUUGCAAGUCUAUAUAAAAAUGUACAUGACCUAUAGUUGUUAAUUUCUGUGUCAAUUGUUCUCUUGUGGAGAGUUGUCUCAUUGGCAAUCAUACCACAUCUUCUUAUUUUUAUAUGAUAUUUAUUUUUUAUUUUUAUUGUCAUAAAAUUAAGAUGCAUACCCUUUCAUGUUUGUUGUGUCUUUGUACUUUUGAAUUUUAGAGAAUUGCAAAAGGAUAUAUAUAUAAACAAAAUAAUAUAUUUUAAUAUGUUUAAUGGAUUACGUAAGAUAAAUAUUUUGUUAGCUGCAUUCUUGAACAUUUUUCUGUGGUGAUCCCUGUCAGAUUAGUUUCAUAUUUAAUUUCAUAUAACUUUGGACAGCAAAUCUGCAAAAAAGGGCACCUCAGAACCAGAGAAAACAAUCACAUUUUUGUCUUAAAUAUAUGAAGGAGGAAUAUUUUGUCAUAAUUGUUGCUGACCUGAAUAAAAAAAAAGCAAUUUACCAUAUAUGUAAAAUAUGUAUGCUCCAAGUAUAUUUUCAUUUUUCAUGUUUCUAGCUCUAGGGAAAAGUGAUUUUAGAUCAUUUUCUUCAUGUCCUUUAUAUUUUUCCUCUUUUUUAUGAAAGUUGGAAAUUACGAAACUUAAACAUUUAAUGUUUUACAUCUGUGCAAUAACUUCAAUGAAUUUUGUGUUUAUGAAGAGGAUUAUACAUGUUAUGUCUUUUUUCAUGAUUUUACUGAAAUGUUUUAUAUUUUACACCAUAAAACAAAUAUGUGUUAACCUGUUUUUCUUUCAAGUGUUCAAUUCUGUUUUGAUAUUAUCAUGAUUAUCAAGCAUGUCAAAAGUGUUUUUAAAAAAAUGUAAGGUGUAUAAAAAUAAGAAGUUGAAAUUGAUAUUGAACUUUAAGACAUCUAUUCAUGUAUUGUCUAUCAUUUUGUCUUAACUUUUUUAAAAUUGUUUAAUUUUCUCUGAGCAUUAUUGGUUUUAACACCCAAAAAAAAUGGUUGUCUUGUUGAGUUAUAGCUCUUGGUAAAAUUUUAAUUGAUAUGACCUGUUACAAACAUGACAAAGGAAUUAGUUAACAUGUAAUUAAGUGUAUGGUUUUAAGAAUUGUGUGAUAGAUCAUAGUUUUAACUGUAGUUUUUGUAUAAACCUCACAAAUUUUAUAUAUAGAUACAUGUAGAUUUUUUUCUUCAUUUUCAGUCUCAAGAGUAAAAUUUCAUUGCAAAUCAAAAUAUUUCUGAAUUUGGUCAUCAUUUUAUCAUGUUUAUGUGUUUGAAAUUUUUAAAUCUAAAGAAAAUAAUAUAUAUUAAUCAUAAUUCAUUGUUUAUUUUUUUUUUGCAAUUUGUUUGUUGUUGAGGAUGUUGAGUAUAUAUAUAUAUGAAUGCACAGAUAAGGAGAAGUGGCAGGUUAAACAUGUUUGAAGGUGCCAACCCUCCCCUAACCUGAGACAACAGUGUUUGGUCCAAUCACCAUGGUCACUCAACAUCAAAAAUAUUUGUAAGAUCUCUGACUUGCUUUUCUAUUUUUUUUUUUAACAGAUAUGUUUUUUAAUCCCUGUCUAUGAAAAGUGUGUCACUACUAAUCUAUCAUUCUGCCUCUGAAGGACUGAAACAGGUGAGGCUAUGAGUCAUCACCAGGCACUGUACAUGUUAAUCAAGUGUUUUGGUAUCUAUUUACCUACUUUUUAUCUUUCAUUAUAUUUUCCCCCUUGAUAAUUGAUAUUACUUUAACUAACAAAAGUUCUAUUUGAUUUAUUGUGUUUAGAGACCUCUUUAUGCCAGUUUUCUCCCUAUUACUCAUCUGGCAUAUGGUUUUCCAGUCUGCAUCUGUCCUUUAGGCUUUCCCAUAUCAUGAUAAAGUUUUGGUUUAGGAUGUAUUGCCAUCAUGGAUGAAGAUGUGGUCACAUCAACUUUGAAUAUAGUUUGCAUGUUCAUAUGAUGUGAACUUUUUAUAAUAUAGGCCAAAUUGAAUGACCAUGCAUGAUGUCAAGGGACAUAUAUUCUUGUUGGUAAUGUAACAAGUCAGGAGCCUGUUGUUCAGUGGUUGUCGUUGGUUCAUGUCUGUCAUAUUUGUUUUUCGUAAAUUAUUUUGUUAUUAAUUACAAUUAGGCCAUUAGUUUUCUCAAUUGAAUUAUUUUAUAAUUUUCAUGUCCAGGCCUUUUAUAGCCGACUAUACAGUAUGGGUGGUUCUCAUUGUUGAAAGCCAUACAGUUGCCUAUAAUUGCUUACAUCCACUUCAUUUGAACUUGGGUGGAUAGUUGCCUUAUUGGCAAUCAUACCACAUCUCCUUAUUUUUAUAUUAACAGUUAAUUUGAUAUAUGUACAAUGUAGGUAUAGGAAGUGUUCCAAUCUGGUCAGUUCUGUCCCGGGACCUUGUGGGGUUUGGUAGGCGACCAAAAUAAAUAUCCUAUAGCAAUUAUGUAAUCACCUGACCAGCUCAUUUUCAUUCAGGUAAUAUCAUUUUCUAAAAAAUUUAACGGUCACAAUGAAAACAAAGAGUUAUUCAGGAUUUUGAAAAUCGUAUAUCCCUAUUUGUUUAAUUACUUUGUUUUAUAUACUGUAGAGACAGAAAUUUUUGUGAUUGUUGGACAAUAAACAAAAAUAAGAUAUUAUUUAUUAUGAUUUUCGGAAAUGCUGCAUAUAAAAAUAAUGCUUUCAAAAUUUCAACUGCAAUUUUUUUUUAUAUAUUUGAAAAACUUGUCCCUUUUUAAUUUUUAUAUGACCGCAAAACACUUUGCAGUCGUAUAUUGGUAUCACGACGUUGUCGGCGUCGUUGUCAGCAUCGUCCGAAGACAUUUGGUUUCCGAACAAUAACUUUAGUAAAUGUAAAUAGAAAUCUAUGAAAUUUAAACACAAGGUUUAUAACCACAAAAGGAAGGUUGGGAUUGAUUUUGGGGGUUAUAGUCCUAACAGUUUAGGAAUAAGGGGCCACAAAGGGGCCCAAAUAAGCAUUUUUCUAGUUUCCAGACAAUAACUUGUUGAACGGUUUAUGGAUCUCUCUGAAAUUAUACCACAAGUUUCCAUAUUACAAAGGGAUGGUUAGAGUUGGCUUUGGGGGGUUAUGGCUCAAACCGUUUAGGAAUUAGGGGCGAAAAAGGGGGAAAACAAGGGUUUCCUGGUAAAUGGAAAAAAAAAGUACAAUGUUAUGUUUGAAUUACCUCCCUUACACUGCUUUUUAAUUAUGUAUAAAGAAAUGUUUAUUGUCUUGAGGUGAUUAGCUGUCAAUUUAUUUUUAGAAGUUACUAUUUAAAAAUGCUGAAUGAAGGAAUAUUAAUUUUAGCCAUGAUUAUGUAUGUCAUUUUCUAUUUUAAGACUUUUAUGAUGUAUUUAAAUGGGUAAUUAUGGUUGCAAACUCCAUUGGAAAUUUGAAUUGAGAUUAUGAACAUAUCUUUUUUUGCCAAAAAAAGGGAGGGGGGUGGGGGUAAAAAAAAAUUUUUUUUUUUUGGAGGGGGUCAAUUCGCAACAGCAUAGUGUAUUGCACAAAAGCAUAAUAUAACCAGUUCUAAGUUCUUUGACUACAGUUAUUCUGUGUCAGAAACCUAUUAUGUGUCAAAUAUUUAAUUACAUUCCAAAUUCAGACCUGUAUCAAGCGGGAAUAUUGUGUCCAUUUUUGCCCCAACUGUUCAGGGUUGUACCUAUGCGGUUGUAUCCAGCUGCGCUCGGCGAAGCAAUUUUUGCUAUUAUAAAAACAUGGAAAUAUUUUGUGAAUUUCCAAUAUUCUGUCUUUAUGCUAUUUAUUGGGCAACAUAAGGCAUGUUAGUGUGUGUAAUUGUACUUUCAUUGUUCUUAAAUUUGUACAUGUAUAAUUACAAAAUAAUAUAUAAAUGUUGUUGAAUAUCAA